CGCCGCAGAUUCAUUCGGUCAACAUCGACAGUCAAGCAAAUCAACAACCAGACACAACUAUGGCUACAAACUGACGGCCUGAUCGCACUUCCUGAACAAUUCACAUUAAGCACAAAGAACACACUCGCUUUUUUCUUAUUACUUCCCUGCUCACCGGGGCGACGACAGCUGAUACAGAGCACAAGGAGAGACUGGACGAGGCAACAAAAUGUCGAGCCAUCUGCAAGCAUACGUUAAUCAAACAAUAAUUGUCAUAACUUCAGACGGACGGCUGUUCACUGGCAACCUCCAAGGCUACGACCAGCAAACAAAUCUGAUUCUCGCCGACACAAAAGAGCGCGUAAUAACACCGGACGAACCAACAGAGAUCCUGGAUCUCGGAGUCUACCUGAUCCGCGGAGACAGCGUCGUGCUGUGUGGACUUGUUGACGUCGCGAUGGACACUGAGAUUGAUUGGGAUAAGGUUCGGGGCCAAAAACUGCAUACAACAAAGAGACCUGUACGAUAAGUGGACGAUAUAUAGUAAUAUUACACAGAGAGGAUGAGAAUUG